GUUAUGUAAUAUUUAUUUUGUUCAAAAUUGGUUUGUGAAAGUAAUUCAUUGUUUCAUUGCUGGUAUGCCAUAAUAUUUUUCGUUUGGAAUUUCAAAAUUAUGAGUGAACUAUAUUCAGUUCUCAGUUCUCCAAGGUAAAUUUUGAGGAUUGUCUGCAAUUUAUAAGAUAUAACAAUGAAUACCACACCAAUUUUGCUAAAUAAGGCCGCUAUGCGGAAGUAUGAGGAUCUUGAGAUCCCAUGUGAAGCUGUCCUAGCUAGUUACGUGUGGAUCGAUGGAACUGGCAUCAACCUCCGCGCAAAAGACAGGACGUUUGAUUUUGUACCGAAAAUUGUUAAAGAUUUGCCGAUCUGGUACUUUGAUGGUGGUAACACAGAUCAAGCUAAAGAUGAGAAUUCGGACACGUACAUAUUUCCCCAAGUUAUUUAUCAUGAUCCUUUUAGACGAGGAAGUAAUAUAUUGGUGCUGACGGACACCUAUUCGUUCAAUUAUCAACCGACAGGCACAAACUUCAGGAAAGCUUGCUUGAUUUUGUGCGAAAAGGGUGAAGUUGAAGAGCCGUGGUUUGGCUUCAACCAGGAGUUCUUUCUCACUUCAACAGAUGGCAGGCCACUGGGCUGGCCCCCUGGUGGCUUCCCCGCCCCUCCUGGACCAUACUACUGCGCUAUAGGAGCCAACAAAAUCGUAGCUAGAGAACUCAUGGAGGCUUUUUAUAGAUGCUGUCUUUAUGCGGGUGUACAGAUUAACGGUGUAUAUCCAGGAUCAACGCCGUCUCAGUGGAAUUUCCAGGUUGGUCCGAGUCCCGGCAUCAAAUCAGCCGAUGAUCUAUGGAUGGCGAGGUACAUAUUGGCAAGGUUAGCUGAAGAGUAUGGUACCGUUGCCAAUUUUGAGCCACAACCCAUCACUGACUGGCCAGGAAAUGGGACCUUCGUCUAUUUCUCUUCAAAAGACAUGAGAGAAGACGACGGCAUACUGGUUAUCGAGCGUGCGAUUGACAAGAUGGCACGAAGGCAUGGAGCUCACAUCAACGAAUACGAUGCUAACAACGGCGGUGAUAAUGUUCGGCGACUCAAUGGGAAGAAUGGAAUGCCACAUGUUAGAGAUUUUACCGCAGGUGUGGCUAACAGGAGUUGUUCUGUGAGAAUACCUCGUCACGUCUCUGAGGAUAAAAAGGGAUACUUCGAAGAUCGACGUCCCGCGGCCAACGCGGACCCAUACAGAAUCAUAACAAUCCUACUAAAAACUUGCAUUUUCGAUGAGUAAAAUGGUGUAUAAAUAUUAGUGUUUUGUAAUCGUUUAGUCUUUUGGCCGGUCACUCUGUUUUUAAAGAAUAAAUUCCUAUAAAAUUAUUGAUGAUGUGUGUCAGUGUCUUGUAUUCUCUU